UGAUGCACUGGAGGAGACGUUGCAUACAUACUCACACAGAGAGGAUUUGGCGAGGGACGGACGGCAGCAUCCGUCACACACACACAUUCACACUGAGCCACGAUCCAUGUCUGUGAGCGGGCCUGCUCCGGCUCCAUGGCCUGAUCUGUAGCUUCUGCGACGGCGGGAGGAGCUGCGGCUGUAGCCUGCGAGAUGCUCCGAGCUCUCCGCUACUGCUGCUGCACGACAACAACACUGACACUGAAGCCGACCGCGGGAUUCAGCCAUGCUUUACAGACGAGCAGCCAGGAUGGUAAAAUGUCUGACCUGUGGUCAUGUGGGUCCAGUGUGGAUGUGGAAGGCACUGCUGUUCUUCGCUGCCAUUGCGAUUGCUGACCAGCUACUGGAUGUCAUCUUCAAGAAGAGCAGUGUCCAGCCAGCUGCUCACUCCAUUUUCUCAUCCCCUGAUGCUCAGGGGCCGUCCCUGGGCUCCUGCCAGCCCCACACCCACAUCAUGUUCCUCAAGACCCACAAGACAGCCAGCAGCACUGUGCUCAACAUGCUCUACCGCUUUGGAGAGGAGCGCAAUCUCUCCUUUGCCCUGCCAGUGCGCUACCAGCUGGGCUAUCCACUGCCCUUCAAAGCCACCAUGGUCAAAGGUUACCGGGGUCCCAGGGCCGUAGAGUUCCACAUCAUGGCUCAUCACAUGAGAUUCAACAAGCCGGAGGUGGAGAAGGUGAUGCCAGCAGACACGUUUUAUUUUUCUAUCGUCAGGAAUCCGAUCUCUCUGGCUGAGUCUGCCUUUGCGUAUUUCAAAUCAGUAGCACCUGCCUUUCACAAAGCCAAAACCCUUGGAGAGUUUGCUGAUAACCCGAUGAAAUUCUAUGACCCUAAUAUUACCUACAAUUUCCUCACCCGUAACCUGCUGUGGUUUGACUUUGGCAUGGACCACAAUGCUAAGUUUUCUGUGGAAGAGGCUCAGCGUGCUGUGGCCACAAUCCGUCAGACCUUCAAGUUGGUUCUGUUGUCUGAAUAUUUUGACCAGUCCAUGAUCCUGCUGAGACACGCUCUCUGCUGGCCACUGGAUGCUGUUGUCUCAUUUAGCCUCAACGCUCGCCAGCAGAAGCCCAGUGGGUUUGGGGGGAUGAGUGGGAGCUGGGUGAGCAAAGCUGCAGCAGUGGCUGGUGUCAAAGUUACAGGAGGACAUUCAUUAACAAAGACACCUGAAAGUCAGUCACUAACGGAGGAACAGCGCGAUAAGCUGCAGCAGUGGAACACCUUUGACUGGUACUUAUACCAAGCCUUUAACCAGACCUUCUGGGAUGAAAUCCACAAGUUUGGUCUCGCUGAAAUGGAGCAAGAAGUAGCUCUUCUCAGGAUUCUGAGAGAAGAUCUGGCCCGGGUUUGUCUCAGGGACGGCGGUAAACCCGUGGAGGCACAACAGAUCAGAGAUAAAAGCAUUCGGCCAUUCCAGAGUGGACCCGUGAAGAUUCUUGGCUACGAGCUCCAGCCAGGGCUGGACAACCGCACGAGGACAUCCUGUCUUAGGAUGAUCAUGCCGGAGCUCCAGUACAAAGACUUGCUGGAUGCUAAACAGUUCCCUCGGGCUCAGACAGUCCAGCAAGGAAAGCAGACAUCAACCCGGAUGAGAAAAGACUCACACUGACCAGGAGAGAAGUUGGGUGGAGGACAGUAAAGGAAGGGGAGAGAGAGAGAAGCCAUUUAAUUCGGACCAACUAGAGAGAGAGUGAAGGUUGAGAUAGUUUAAGGUGAGUCUCCGUCCUACUUUAUUAUUAUUUUGAAUUAUUUAGAAAACUGAGCCGAGUGUGGUUUACACAAAAUAAUACAAAAUGAUCCUCCUUUGCACUCAAAACAUUUUUUUUUUUUUAAAUGUCACUGCUCUUUGUGAAAUCCUUGUUGACUUGACCGACAUCCUCUGAGAACUUGGGAUACUCUCAUGGCUGCAGUAAGAUGCUAAGUUGGCAGUUGUGUGUUUUGUCUCUCUGGAAUGUGAAGGGACGAAAGAAGAAGCAGUUCUUUUGUUGACAGGUUAAUCUCACAGUCAUGUGACAGCACACACACACACACACACACACACACACACACACACACACAGAGAAGCCUGUUUAAGUUUGUCUUAAUGUUAAUACUUUCAAGAGUUCUGGCUUCCAUGUUGACCUCAGUGCCCAUGUGUAAAAUUUCUCAAUGCAAGAUCACAUAGAAUCCCAGUUUGUGCCUCUCAAGCAGAACCAGAGAGUCUCUGAACUAACUAUCUCUUUUACUAAGAUAAAAAAGUGUUUGAAAUAUAUAUUCCCUCAGAUUUAAAGGUAUUUUCAAAAUGAUCAGAUACUCUUCCUACAAACUGAUGAAGAAAUCUUCUGUCCUAGUCUUUCCUCUUGCAUUCCAUGUCUACAGAGAGUUGACAGGUUAACAUGGCUCAGUUCAUGUUAAAAUGUUAAACUGAGAUCCUCAGUCUGGCAUUUCACGCAUGCAUACAUGAUCUCCCACUCCUAUACACCGUAAUGUCUAAGGGUAUGAAAUACUGUGUGUCUAGUAUUGGGUAUAUAUACCUGUGUAUCAUGUAGACUACACCACUGCACUCAGAUAUAUAUAAUGAAGUGGAAAUUAUUGUCCUUCAGAUGGUUUUAAGAGUCUUUGUGACAAGUGACAAGUAGUUUUUUUCCAUGGUUUUAAAAAGUCCCUUUGUUUAAAAAGCCUCUGUGGCUCUAAAUUAGAGGACAAACUGGGGUUAGAGUGUUUACAUAGCUCUAAUUUCCUUUGGCUAAUACUUUUUGUAGAGUUAGUACUGGCUGAUAACUCUGUUGUUCAGCUUGUGAAAUAUCUUUUAAUAAUACAAGAGGGGAAACUUGAUCUGAGGCCUGAACUUCUGUACUGGGAAGCUGCUUGAUAGUCACCAGGCUGCAGGAGAUGUUAUGUAUUAGUUAUCUAUAACAUGCAGAUACAUUUCUACAGCGAGACGUAAGUUACUUUCAGAAAUGAACUUUAGACGAUGUCCCAAAUAUUAGCUGAGUUUCCUGUUUGCCUACAAUGCACUUCACAAGAAAUUCAUUUACAGACACGUUCACAGAUGCAGGAUUAAUUUUCAGAAUAUUCAGGGGUGGAGCCUGGCUUGAGCAUGCAGGAGGCAGGAUACAAAUGGUACUUUUCCACUAUACACUUAUAGCACUGCACGGCUACAAUGUUUUGGUUUUUUUAACGAUAGUACCUGGUACCUUUUCUAGUAGCUGCUCUGGCAAGGUCCCAAGCAAGCUGAGCCAAUACUAAACGUGACGUUGACAGACUGCAAGCCACUGGUUGGCAGAGAGUGUAAUUACUGGAACAGUCAUGAGUGUGAUGUCAGACACACAAAUCAAACCGAACAAUGCCGAACUGUAGAUCACAGAAAAAGACAUACAACAUUUAGCAGGGACAUUUCUAAAAUCUUAAUAUUUAAGAGAGGAGUCUGGUGUAUUCAGC